AUGGCCCCGAAGACCGAAGGCCCCCCGACCUUGGUCAUAGCCAUCGAUUUUGGUACUACAUACUCGGGUAUCGCUUGGAAGUUUGGCGACAGAGAGCUGGAGUCGAUCCAGACUGUCACGGACUGGACCACCAGAUCUCACAUGGGAUAUAUGACUCCCUUCGGAGACGGCAUCCUGCGCUGGUUCAAACUCCUGCUAGUCAACGAAAGAGAUCUCCCCGAAAAUGUGCGAGAUUGCGAGCACUUGAAGAGCGCUCGAGACCUGAUGCACAAGCUCAACAAGACGCCCGUGCAAGUCUUUAGUGACUAUCUUCGAAAUAUCUGGGAGUACAGUCGUGAGCGAAUCGAGGCCGCGGAGGAGAAGGGAUGGACGAACAUCUACCGAAUCCAUUUUGUUCUCACUUUGCCUGCGAUUUGGCCUCAGUAUAUUCGGUCGCGGAUGCUCGAGGCUAUGAAGAUCGCUGGUCUGUUUGAAGUUGGUGAUCAGUUUGUUGUCUGCGAUGCAGACGGCGGCACUGUUGACAUCAUCACCUACAAGAUUGAGAAGCUUACCCCCUUCGUAGUCAGCGAAAGUGUUAGAGGCGAUGGCGGCCUUUGUGGUGGCAUCUUUCUCGACCAAAAGUUUCUCGGGCUGCUCAGACGAAAAUUCCCCAAAGACAUCACAAGAAUGCUUGCACGAGAGGCUGCCCAGAGGAUUGUGAAGGAUGAUUGGGAGUCUGGUAUCAAGACUGUGAUAUGCAAAGAAAGCGGCAAAUACGAGAUCAAUCUCGUCUACAAGGGACCAGUCGACCCCCAAUUCUUCCCCUCUUCGUUUGCGCUUCAGGCAGACGAGAUCCGCGAACAGGUGUACAAACCCGUGAUCGAAGAGAUUAAAGAACUAAUCACGACUCAAAUCAGACAGGUCGAGGAAGGAUAUCAGAAGCCACCCAAGUCUUCUGUCCUUCGUGGUGCAGUUCUCCACGCGCUAUCACGUACCGGACUCGCCGAUUCAAUCACUGCUGUCGUCGACUCCCGAAUCUCGAGACACAACUACGGCACUGUCUUCAACGACUGCCCAUUUGACAUCAAGAAGCAUGAUAUACGAGAUCGCGAAUAUUGUCCUUACGGCAAGAACUGGAUUGCAGCCGAUCAAGCUGAGUGGUACAUUGGAAUUGGCGAUGCAGUAUCUAUCUACAAGCCGGCAUCUUUCUCUUGCUACCAGGCCCUCACAAACCCCGAUCAGGGCCUUCAGAUAGAGAUUGUAAUCUCCGACUCUGCCGAGCCCCCAGCCCGAAGGGACGAGUCGGUCAAGAGGCUUUGCCUCAUCAAGGUCCCCUUGCCUUCCAAGGUAUGGGGGAAACUACGAAAAGAGAUCAACGAAGACGGCAAGGCCUUUCGUCGCAUCAACUAUGACCUUCGAAUGAUCAGUGACGGAUCCUCCCUUGAAUUCGCCAUCUGGUUCAAGGAACAAUGCCUCGCAUCACAAUACGUCGAGUUUGAAUCCACACAGAUGCAAAAGGAAGAAGCGACUGAUAGUGGCGGUGAGGCCGACGCUGAGAUGAUGGAGCCCGAGGAAUCAGUUAGCGUCAUCGAAGUAGAGGAUGAUACCGACGAUGAGUACAUGGAUUGUCCAGACCGUGAAGAUGAAAGCACCGUGGGUGAUCAUUCCACCGUCCGGGGAAGGCAUGACAGCCUGGAUGAUGAUUUUCUUAGCGAAUGA